CGCGCUUUACUCUGCUCUCCUCGCACGAGCGCAAGCGCACAGCGACCGCUCUGCUCUCGACGCUGUGGGAAGAGAGAGAGAGAGAGAGAGAGGGAGAAUGCGGCGGCCACGGCGAGCGGGGAAGCCCGGGGGCGGCGGCGGGUGCGGGGGGAAGGCGGCGCCGGGGGCCGAGGCCGCGGCGGGAGCCGAGGAUGCUGAAGGGGGCCCCGUGAUCGCCGUCGGCGGGGAGGGCGACGCGUCGGUGCUAGGGAUUCCGGUGGCCAGGGACGGCGGCGGGGAGAAGGCGCCGCCGGGGACGGCUGUCGCCCUUGCCCUGAAAAGCGCCGAGGGGGUGCCGGUGAUCGCCGUCGUCAGUGAUGCGGAGCCGGCGGUGCUAGGGAUUCCGGUGGCCGCGGCGGCUGGGGGCGGAGGCGGCGGGGAGAAGGCGCCACUGGUGGCGGAGGUCGCGGUGGCCGUGAAGAGCGCUGAGGGGGCGCCGGUGAUCGCCGUCGACGGGAAGGAUGAGGCCCCAGUGCAAGGGGAUCCGGCGGCCGGCCCCGCCGCUGAUCGGAAGGGCGGUGCGCCGGCGGCGAAAGGAGUGGCGGAGAAGGAUGACGAGGGGGUGAGGUGGCUCAAGUACUACUCGUCGAUGCACAGCAUACUCGUCGUCGGGGACGGGGAUUUCUCCUUCUCGCUGGCGCUCGCCACCGCGUUCGGCUCCGGCCAGCACAUCGUCGCCACGUCCCUCGACUCCUACGACGCUUUAAAGAGGAAGUAUGGCAACGCUGAGGCAAAUAUAACAGAGCUGAAAAGGUUGGACUGUACAGUUUUGCAUGGUGUUGAUGCAAAACUGAUGAAGCUUUACCCUUCUCUGAAGAUGAGACGGUUCGACCGGAUCGUCCUUAAUUUUCCUCAUGCUGGGUUCAACGGAAAAGAGGAUAACCCGCUAGUCAUCAACUUGCAUAAGCAGCUGGUAAAUGGAUUUUUUGCCAAUGCACAACACUUGCUUCGGCCCUUUGGUGAAAUCCACCUUAGCCACAAGACAGGAUAUCCUUACGACGCAUGGGAUAUCGAGCAACUAGCCAAUGAGUUUUGUCUUAUUAUGUUUGCUAAAGAUAUUUUCUGCAAAGAGGAGUACCCUGGUUAUAACCAAAAGAGAGGAGAUGGUGCAAAGUGCGAUCAAUCUUUUGCUCUAGGUCCUUGCUACACUUUUAAGUUCUGCAUUGGAGACGUAAAGAAACUGAAGAAAGCGCAUGGAAACGUUGGUUCAAUCUCAUCCCUUGGAGGCAGCAAAUUCUAUCCUGGCAUCAUGGCAACUGACACGAGGCCAUUUGAUCUGCGUCCACUUGCUCCAGCAUGGCCUCGGCCACACUUUCCUCCAGCCAACAGAGUUGACAUGCCAAUCAUGUUUGAUCCUUACCCCUUUGGAGGUCCUCCAAUGGAACGUCCAGGUUUGCCACUCAACGUAUAUGGCCCAGAGAGAGCUCCUUACUUUCAUCACCAGGACAUGAUCCAGCCACUGUGCAGAGGGCCACCGCUGCAUGUUUUGCCCAACCAAGGCAGCUUUCAUCCACCAAUGGACAUGAUCCAGCCACUGUGCAGAGGGCCACCGCUGCAUGUUUUGCCCAACCAAGGUGGCUUUCAUCCACCAAUGAGGAGCCUUGAGCGUCCGGAUCAGCCUUGGCACCAAGAGAGGCCUCCAGUUGUGCCACCAUGGAGAAGCGACUACUACUACUCAGGAGAGUACCAGAGGAGUCUGCAGCGGGAGUAUGAGAUUGAGAGGCAACUGAUGCCUGGAGGAGCCAGCCUGGGUUACUCUGAUUUCCUCGAGAAUCGCUACAGGGAGUCGGAUCAGAGGCGGGGGAGGUUGGAAAUGCUGAUUCAGUUCUACGGUGGACGGUGAAGGAUCGUUUUUGGAGGCUGUGUCUCUGCUACAAGGGUAUCACUAGAGCAGAGAAACUCUGUCCUUGCAAGAUGAUGAUGCAACGUUUCGACAUGAGGUGUUUUGUACAGUUAGGGCCAUUUUGCGUGGCGAACACCGACCACGAGUCCAGAACAGCACAAGUACUGCUGUUUUCUACUACUAUCUACUACGUAGUCUAAACGAAUACCCCUAUAGACAGCAAAGCCUCAUUUUGCAAUGGAGCUGUCUUUAGGGGCUCAAAACUGUCCACGGUUAUCUCGGUUUAUCGACGGUAAGCUUGAACUUGGGGUAUGUAAUUGGCAUCACUUUUGCUUCAGGUCUUACUUGUAAGACUUUCCUAAUCUAUUACUGCCCCCUUAUAUGCAAGAGAAACACUACCUCUGUUCCUAAAUAUUUAUGAACAGAGGGUGUACUAGUUA